AUGGCCCCACAACCUUCCUCUUUGACUCAGGAACCAGCCGGUCUUGUCGGGGGCUAUCAGGGGAACAGCACCGCGGUCAAGGUCAUCAUGGGUGUCCUGGUCGCCAUCGUGUUUUAUAAUGCAGUCGAACUCACAGUUCUCAUCCCUAUGACCUUUCGUCGCUACCAGAGUCUCUACUUUUGGUCUUUGAUGCUUUCCGCGACUGUUGGGCUUAUAGCCAGUGGCGUCGGCAAUCUGCUACACUUCUUCGACAUUGGGCCGUUGAGUUUGGCUCUGGCACUAUCUAACCUUGGAUUCUACUUCCUGGUUCCGGCUCAAUCCGUGGUUCUAUACUCGAGACUACACUUGGUUCUUUUCAACGAGCGUCUCCUCCGUUUUAUACUCCGUGCAGUGGUCUUCAAUGGUAUCGUCUUCGCCGUUCUAGUGACGGUUAUGUGUUUCGGCUCAGCCUUCCUGCAGACCGGCCCUUGGAAUGCGGGUUAUACGGUCGUGGAGCGGCUGCAAGUGACCUGGUUCUGUGUGCAAGAAUUCGCUAUCUCCGUGCUCUACAUCCAUGAGACUGUCAAGCUACUCCAGCUUCGACCUGCGAAUAACAGUCGUCGAAAGAACAUCAUGUACCAGCUGUUGGCCAUUAAUAUCCUUAUCAUCAUGAUGGACACUGUCGUUGUCGCGAUCGAAUUCAUCGGCUUCUAUUACAUGCAAGUCUUGUUAAAGGAUGCUAUUUACAGCAUCAAGCUCAAGCUUGAAUUUGCUGUACUUGGGAAGUUAACUAGGAUCGUGGAGGCCGGUCAUCUCGAGCUUACCCAGACUGAUCACGGUGGCUGGUGUGAUCUCCAAAACAGCCAAAGACUUGCGGCAUCUAAUCCGACAUGCUCACAAAUGACGUCGAAUAACUCCAGAUCCGCCUCCGACGUACAUUACGCAGAUACAUACUUUGAUGGGUUCGGCCUAACAGGUAGCAUGUCGCACAGCGGAAGAUCCCACCUGUUAUGA